CAGUAGGUCACGUGACUGGUUAACCAAAGCGAACAAGUAAUAGAGAGCAAGAGAGGAGAUCAGUGUAUUUGGUUAUUCAACUUAUUAGCGACCUGUGCUGCCACAGGGUAACUUUAAAACAUGGGGCGAAGAUCCAUCAACACCACCAAGAGUGGGAAAUAUAUGAAUCCCACUGAUCAGGCCCGCAAGGAAGCAAGGAAAAAAGAACUUAAAAAGAACAAAAAGCAGCGUAUGAUGGUGAGGCAAGCUGUGCUGAAAGGAAAAGAUCCUACAAAAAUUUUAGAAGACAUGGAAAUCAUAGACAAAAUGGAAUAUGACCCAACACAGCCUCCAAGACUAAAUGAAAAAGUGUUAAAGGAUAAAAGAAAAAAGUUGUAUGAAACUUUUGAGAGGGUGCUGAAAUUAUAUGAAAAAGAAGAACCUGAGUAUGCUCUAGGUCUGAAAAAGACAUUACAAGAAUAUGAGAAGAAACGUUUACAAAUGCAAAUUUACUAUGAGCAAGUAAAGAAUGCAGAACGUGUGCAACUUGACCAAAUUCCUCUUCCAGCAGCACCUAUGGACACUCCUGUGGCCUCAGAGAUACCACUACCCAGUGACAUCCCUGUACCGCCAGCUGGGGGCAAAACAGCUCCCCAGGGGAUUCUGAAAAAAGGAACAGCAUAUGGUCUUGGAAAGUCCCUGGAGCCAGGAAGGAAAAGAAAUCCCCCAGGGCCCCCUCCUGGUCCUCCUCCCCCUCUGAGUGACAGUGAAGAUGAAUCUACAGACCCAUACAAAAGUAGAGGACAAGUUCCAGAACCUAUGGAUACCAGUGAACCAUUGAGGCCGCCAGGAGUGGAUGAUGUAGAAGAACCUCCACACCCAGUGGUGCCACCUCCAGCCAAACAGAGAAAAAUACGUUUUAUGGAUGAUGCCACAAGGGAUCCUAAUGAAGAAGAAAAAGACUCUCGUACCAUGUAUAAAGUUGCCGUGUCCCCUCUACAGGCAAAGAUGUUACAGUUAGCUGGACAGGAGGUCCCUAAAGUCCGAGUAGAGGAGGAGGUGGUCAAGAAGCCCAGUGUCAUGGACAUGCACAAUACUGAAGAGGAAGAAGUCAUUGUAGAACAUUCAGAACGUCAAGAGCCAAGCACUUCUUCUGAAGAGAUGGUAAAAAUCCCGCCAGGUCCACCACCAGGGGUGCCACCUGCAGCUGCACAGGGGGCAGCUUCAGCGGCUGCGCCAUCUGGUGGACCACCUGGAGCUCCACCUGGACCUCCUCCAGGUCUUCCACCAGGUCCACCCCCAGGGAUGCCACCUAUGAUGUUCAGGCCACCCCCACUUAGAGGACCCCCAGGUGGACCCCCAAGGUUACUACCCCCUGGGCCCCCUCCAGGCAGACCCCCAGGGUUACCUCCAGGUCCCCCACCUGGUAUGCCUUCAAACAUCAGGGCACCACCCCCAAGACUACCGCCUGGACCACCAGGUAUGCCCCCACCCAGGUUAAUGCGUCCACCUGGAGUUCCUCCAGGCAUACCACCCCCAGGAUUACCACCCCAGGGGCUGGGUCCAGGCCCUGUAAACCCCAAUGUUCUCAGUGCCCCACCAAGUAUUCAGAAACCCCCACAGAAAGUCAGAGAAGAGGAGCAGAAGAGCACUGCUACCAUAGAGGCUAAGCCACAGAUUAAACACAUGAUUGGAGAUGUUACACGGUUUACCCCAACAGCUCUGAAGAUUAGGAGAGAGAUGAAAGAUUCCAAGGGAAAGAUAAGGAUGAUUGGUAAAGGUACAGAGGAGAGGUUGACAGGGCCUGCACCAAAACCAGCAGCUCCACAACCUGCAGCUCAAACAAAAGAUGAUGCUUAUGACAGUUUCAUGAAAGAAAUGGAAAAUUUAUUAUGAUACAGGUUUCUUUGUUGAAUCAUUGGCUCUCCGAGGAGCAGUUUUAUGGACAAAGAACUUUAGUCUCUGUGGUUCAGGGCUAUGCUAUAUUAAAUGACUUUGACAUUCAAGUUUAAGUUACAAGUUGUAUAAUGCUGUGAUCUGUUUACCAAAGGAUCGAUAAAAGAACAUAAGAAGUUGUACUGUCUGUGGACAAGUUAAGAGUUCAGUGAAUAAUGCUAUUUACUAGGGCUGAACUAUAUUUGCAAAUUAAAAUGUUCAUUUAAACAGAUAUGAUACUAAAAACCAAAAGUCAUCUGGAGAUACAUUCAGAAAUGAGCAUUAAAUAUCCAGUUUCUUUUUCAUGGCAACCUGUAUUAUGCAGCUUUUAAAUAAAAGACAAGUCAAAGUAUAGAAAAAAAGUAUAACAAAGACUUUUAUAAAACGGUUCAUGGAUAAUUCAAAUUAUUACACUGUCCUUAAAGUUGAGAUGUAAAUAAACAUUUGUUUUUACAAAAUACUU